UAUAAGCAGGCAGCAGGUCUCUCUCUCUCUGUAUUGGUUGGCGCGUAGCAGGAGAGAGAGCAAGCAGAGAGAGAGAGACAGAGAGAGAGAUAGAGAUAGAGAGAGGAAGUUUGAGAGAGAGAGAGAGAUAAAGAAAGAGACACAAGAGGAGAUAUAUACCGCUGUGUUCCGUGCUAACCGAUAGUGAAGAAAUGAAGACAGACUAAAGAAAGAAAGAAAGAAAGAAAGAAAGACAGAGACGAGAUGAAGAAGAAAGUUUAAGCAAGGAAAGGAAACAAGAAAAUAAGCAAAUAAAGAAAGGAAGAAUAAAGAAACAGAGAAAAACAAAGAAAAAAAAAACAAGAUAAAUAAUUGAAAGAAAAAAUAAGUUACGAAGAAAAUUAUAAAAAAGAAGAAAGAAGAAAACAACUAAUCAAGAGGAAACGAGAAUAGAAGAAAAAGAAGAGGAAGAAGAAGAGGAAGAAAAAAAGUUGACCCCUACCACCACCACCACCACCUCACAAACACACAAACUAACACACAAACACUCACUUUUUUCCCUUCCUUUAAUUUCUCUUCUUCAUUUCUUAACUUUCACAAACUUUUCUUUUCCAUUCCUCUUUUCCUUCCCCUAUUUUCUUUUUCUCUCCCUUUUCCUUAUUAAUUUUCCUUCCUUUCCCUUAUAUAUAUUUUCCCUCUCCCUCCCUCCUUUUCUCUCCCUCUUUCGUAUUUUCCUCCCUUCUUUCCUAAUAUCCUCCCUUAGUCUCCCUUUAUUCCCUUACCAAAGCACAUACCUAACUCCCUUCCCUUUCCUUCCUUCCCACUCUCUCCCUUUCCUUCACAUCCUAUACAAGCCAAAUCCUACAUAUUUCCCCCUUCUCUCGCCUUCCUAUCCCUUCACACAACCUCAUCCUUACUCUCGCAUCCUACGCAUCCUUCCCAUAUCCUUACCAUGCUUCCCUCGACCCUCCUACCUAUCCUCCUGGUUGCCCUUGCCACCCCGAGAUCCUAUAGCCUUCUGCUCCCUCCAGAGGACACCGGGUAUCCUUCCUAUGAUUUCAACUAUCUCUCUCAUAAUACACUGGCAUCCUACAACCACCAAGGGAUUCAAGAGGAAGAUAAAGAGGAAGUAAGAGGCACACGUAGCUAUCUUGUACCUAAGCCCUCCUCCUCUUCCUCUUCCUCCUCCUCCUCCUCCUCCUGUACGGCCCUGGACCUUGCGAGGCGUUUAAAUAUGGAUGACCUGGACGAGUUGAUCAGGCUUGUGUCGCACCUGGAGAAGAGGAGUGUGAGGGAAGUUUUAAUACAUCUGUCCCUUCGUCACGGCCUCCAUCUUAAGGACAGGGAACACCCAAUUAAGAAGCCUGCGAGGAAUUUCCAGGCCGGGGCGGGCGUGGAGGUGACCCAGAUGUCAUUAGCCUCGCCAGAUAAUCUACAGGACAUAACCUUCCAAGACUCCUCCUCCUCCUCCUCGUCCUCCUCCUCCUCCUCAGACCCCAACCCCCCCCACCCCCAGUCCCCUCCCCCCGCCGCCCCCCACUGGCCCCCCCGCCCCGCCCAGGACACCUAUCAGCCGGUGGAAAACGAGGUACCAGAUGAGCAUACGCCCGCUAGCCACCCCCCCCGGGCCCUCCUUUUGGUGAUGGGGUUGGACGGGGAGGAGGUGGUGCGCGCGGAGGUGCCCCUGGGUCCCCGAAUGGCCCUCCUGGAUGUUCUGAGUCAGGCCUCUGCGUCCUAUGCCCUCCGAUAUGGGCCCUAUAUCCCCAACCCCCUGGCGGUGAAGGCGCGCCCCAUCCCCUCUGAGCGGUGUCUGGGGCUGCUGUCUGUGGGGGCCGUGAAGGCGACGCGUGCCCGGCCGAUACGUAUUUCUGUGACCAGGACCCGUGGGCAGGAACAGAGCAUGUGGGAGAGCGUGUGUCUGCCGCGCGCCAGCGAGCUCAUAGUGCGCCGCGGGGACAUCAUCGUGCUCAACCCGCGCUGAGGACCCCCCCGCCGCCCCCCGCACCCCCUCGCUGCAUGAACCACGAUGAAGAAUGAUAGCAAGUCUCCCUCUCCCUCACGUGUACGAUAAUUGAUAACUCUUCCUCCUUUCCUUCCUUACGUUGCUUUCUUUCCCUCCUUCCUCUCUUCCUUCCUUCGUGUUCAGAUGUACGAUGAUUCUUAUUAACGUUUCUCUUCUCCUUACAUUACUUAUUUUUUCGUUUUUCCUUUUUCUCUUCCCCCUUUUUACCUGUCUCUCUCUUCACUCUUUCGCUCUCCCCCUUCCCCUUUCUUUCUUUCUCUCCCCUUUUUCCCCCUUUUCUCCCUUUUCUCUUUCCCUGUCUGUCUGUUUCUCCGCCCUUUCUGUCUCUCUCUCCUUUUCUCUUUCCUCUCCCUGUCUGUCCCUACACCUCUCUCUCUCUCUCUCUCUCUCUCUCUCUCUCUCUCUCUCUCUCUCUCUCUCUCUCUCUGACAUUCCUUCCUUUCCUCCCUUUUCCUCUCUAUCCUUUCCUUCUUUCUCUGUUUGUCUGCCCUUCCUUCCUUCCUUCCUUCCCCUUCUUUCUCUCUCUGUCCCUUCCUCCUUUUUCUUUCUUUCUAUUUCUAUUCUAUUCUUUCUUUCCGUCUGUGGUUCCUCCUUCCUUUCCCUUUUAUAUCCGUCCUUUCUUCAUUUCUCCCUCCCUGUCAUCUUUCCCUUCUCUCUCUCUCCCUCUCUCUCUCUCUUUCUCUCCCUUCCCCUUUCCUUCCAUCCCGGACCCAAUAUUAAGAGAUUAUAUAUAUAAGAAUACCCAAAUAGUGACUAAGGUUAAAAGUAAUCCAGGUUAAUUGAUACAGGUGAAUGUCUCUGAUUAGAAAUAGAGUAGAGAGGAAUAAAGAAGAAGAAGAGGAGGAGGAAGAAGAAGAGGAGAGAGAGAGAGGAAAAAAAUAAUAAAACUCUAAUGCUCGUGAAGUUAUUAAUAGAAAGGUGGGAGAUAAUUUGCAAGGUGUAAUUAACCUGCUUGUGUGAUCACCUGUGUUAAAUAAAGGAAAUUAA